AUGGUGCAAAAGGAAUCGAAUGUAUGUAGUCACUGCACUUAUUGCAAUACACCCGGUCGGGUACGCUGUAGUAUGUGCCGACGCAACAUUCGCAAACGCCCACACGAUACAUCAAAUGAUGCAUUGUCUUCACCGAGUCCAUUAAAACCAUCAGAGGAGAACGUGAAUGGGCAUCUGAUAAAAGGUGUUGUACAGACACUCUUUUCCACUGCUGCUGGUACACCUGUUGUUGUAUCAGAGUCAUCCAUUCAGGCAGCACGGAUGAGAUUAGAAGGGAAGUCUGCUACCACAGAGGUAUCACCUGCACAAGAAAGCGGGCACAGCGUACAGACACUCUUUUCUACUGCUUCUGGUACACCUGUUGUUGUAUCAGAGUCAUCCAUUCAGGCAGCGCGGAUGAGAUUAGAUGGUGGCGUUGAAAAGGUGGCGUCCAUUUCUACUGAGAACAGUACUGUUGCUUUAAGUGUGAGUUGCGUUGGAGGUGCUGACGGUGGUGCUGCAACCCCUCAUCUACCCGCACCAGCGGCAGAAGCAGUUGAAGCAAGAGCAUCACUGAGUAAGGGAUCUUUUGUAGUUCCUUUAGCCCGUGGUCCGCGUGAGCGGUCUUCAGGGGUUUUAAGUUCUACAGUAAUUCCAUCUAAGAAAAAAUCUCUGAGGGCAAUAUCAUAUGAUAUUUUCAGAUUUUCUUCAUUGGCGAUGUCAGCGCUUCCGACAGCAGAAGAUAUUGUACAAGAGAGGUUUGCUUUUAAACGUGAGGGGUGUUCACCUGAGCUUGUGCGAAUAUUAGGAUUAUCUACUACGGAUAUUACAGUUUCACCAAACUGUUUUUAUACAGCAUUGUUGGAACUUGGAGGAACUGUAACUGGGAUUGAUGUCUGUUUAGAAGAUUGGUGUCAGCAGAUGCUAAAGUCCACAUUGUUAAAGUUACGGGGUCUUUCACUUCGUUGCAAUCCACCAUUGGCAGUGUUUUCUGUUUCUCACAGUCUUCUCUGUAUAUGCUUUAAAUAUAAUCGGGAGUUUGUACAAGCUGAACGACCAGCGUUGCGCAUUGUUACUGAGGGGGACGUUCCAGCAUCAUCCUUAAUGGUUGUAACUAUUGUUUCUCUUUCAUUAGAGGAACGUCUUGCGCCUCACACUUCUGUGGGUGUCAUCUCUGAUGGUUGUUAUGAGAUUAAGGUUGCUCUAGAUGUUCCACUAACAAACUUAGUACGAGAAGGUAUUCUUCGUCGCGGGCAGAAAAUCCUUAUAUGUGGGGCCAAAAUGCUUGUAAAGAAAUUUUGUUCCCCUCUGGAAUGUCGGGAUGAUGUGGUGCUUUCGAUUAACUACAACUGUACACGACCGGUGGAUGCAGAUUCUGCUCUUGGGCUGUAUAAUGCUAAUCCACCUAUAUUUUCAUCUGCUUCUGUGCAUCCACUUGGUGGACUUGUUCCAUCACUCCGUGGUACAGUCGAACGUUUAUUGCCAACUAUCUUCAUUGAACAGAGUAUUAACCGUCGUGGAGUUGCGAAUAACGGUACAAGGGUGAUAAGAAAUCUCCUUGCCCAGCAGAAAUCACUCGAGUUGGUUACACGACAAAUGACAGAAGCUACACCAGGAAGUGAAGUAAGAGAAACAUCAGGGACUUCAGAGGAUGCAACAAGCAGUCGACGACUCGUUCGUGUCUCAUCUCUUCUGUUAACAUGCGAUACCAAAGAGGAUGUAUUGUUACAAUUAUGGGAAGACGUUGGUGAUGGUUGCUUUGCAAAUGUGUUGGACGAUGUCGCUACGGAGUUCCCUGCAGAAGGCACUGUGAUUCUUGUAUUUGCUGUCACACCAUCCCGUAGUCGACCAUCGCAUCCGUUCCGAAACGCCAAGGUACUCUACACACGUGGUAGGUUGGAGUACAGACAAUUAUCUACAGUGAGUGGAUUCUCACGUCAGCUACAACAAAGUGCGGAAGAUAUUGACUCCACCACCCCCGCAGGUGCGCCUAUGGACUUUGCUGCUUUUUUUGUGUCCUCUACAAAAACAGACUCAGUGAUAUCGUAUGUUUUUGCUCUGGUAGAUGUUACACGACAGAAAGCUCCUUCAUACUUUCUUAUGGAUGUACCAUGUGCGACACCAGUAAAAGAGAUUAUUAUCUCGAUGCCUGCAACAUCAUUUACACCUGUAGUUGUGCAGAACGCUUCAUUCAUUCGCCGAGCGGAUGUUGAUUUGGGUUCAGACUCUCUGCAUGUCUUGGCAAAUGAGUAUACUCGAGUUCUACAAAGACCUGCAGCUCCAGGAUUGCGCGCCGCUGUUGCUGUCCUUGAAGACUGCCGUGAGAAGGUGAAAAGUAUGGACAGUGUGUCUGCCCGUGCAGUGGAACUACUUCGCCUACGACAACUGAGUGAUGAAGCGCGAAGUGGUGUACGCCACUUCUCAUCAGAGCUUAGCGCUAGUGAAAUUCCUUUAAUGGUAGAAACAGGAGCUCCUUCACGUGUACCGUAUUAUAUGCGGAGCGAUGCACGAGGUUCUGUUUCAAAAGGUGUUUCCAUUCCUUCAUCGAUUGUUAGACCUCAGGUGAGUCAUGAACAGAAAGCCGUUAUUGAAAGUGAACAGAAAUCUGUGAUAAUGAAUAAAGAUAAAGAUAUUAUGCUGACUAAAUUAUAUAAACGCAAUGGUAAAUCUCAUUUUUUUGGUAAUAUUCUGAGGAUGCGGAUGGUAAGAUGUUUCGGUUCUGAAAAACGUGAAUGCAUCAAUCUUUUUACAGAACUAGAUUCUAGUAGUACUACUGCUUCUAAUGAGAUUAAACAGAGCGUACCACAAGAGGAGCUUGUCCCUGAUUCUACUUACUUUGAAAUUGACAUUCAAUUCACUGCUGAAGUUCAGCAUCAGGUAACUGUUACAAUCAGAAAUCCCUCUGUACUGAAUGCGAUAUUGGAGGAGCGGGUAGCUGUCCGAAGUGCUUGCGCCUUGGUAGUAGAUGAAGGGCAAGUUGAUUACUUUGUGAUGCGAAAUAAGCUGCUUGAAGGAUGGCAAUAUAAACCCGAGGAGAGUUGGUGGUGGCUUCUUUCUCUUUCAUGUGUGACUAAUGGAGAACAAGUUCAAUCAAAUACAAUGUUAGCCAUGAUGGUAUGGCUUAGGAGUGAGUGGGAACAGCUGCUUGACAUGUUGGCUGCUGGUGUAAGGGACAGUCUCUACGCGUUUACUAUAAACGCUACAGAAAACGUAACUCGUGUGGUGUUUAUAAAAGAAAAUUGCUCUCUCACAGAUCUUAUGAGUGAAUAG